GCUAGCGUCAACCUUUGUAUGCAACUGUUAGCUUAAAGCGAUAGGUAGCCUGUGCAGCUAACAGCUGACAACUCGGAGCGAGUGCGUUAUGUUGCCCUAUGAAAUGCACUUUUGUCAGUUCGUAGGCUUAAGUUAGCAUAUUAUCGCACUGCAUGUUCCGUGUGGCCGCAUUUUUAAAUGCACUGAGGCAGAUGUGUUGCCAUAGAAAUAUAAGAGUGGGUAGUAGCUGCUGACCUCCUUUCUCCAGAGUGACUGCGGUGUUUGCAUAUAGUAGCAAUUCACUACUUCCAAGAAAAUGUCAGGGACCUACACACCAGCCCCUGGUGGACCAUUCUCUGCUCUCACCCCAAGCAUGUGGCCCCAGGACAUUUUGGCCAAGUACCAUCAAAAAGAGCCCUCAGAGCAGCCUGAAGUCCAGUAUGAUGAGUUUGGCUUCAGAGUGGACACUGAAGACGGUGGGAAGUGCAGGUCCUGGCUGGGCACUGAUGGCUCCCCCCAGCGUGAAGACCCCCAGCAGAGACUGCGCUGGCAAGCCCACCUGGAGUUCACACAUAACCACACAGUGGGCGACCUGACCUGGGAGCUUAUUGAUCCUGUCCUUCCACGCUCAGAGCGACUGCGCUCCCUGGUGCUUGGUGGCAUACCUCACAGCAUGAGGCCACAGCUUUGGAUGCGUCUGUCUGGAGCACUGCAGAAGAAGAGGACAGCAGAGAUCUCUUACAGAGAAAUCAUUAAGAACAGUUCCAAUGAUGACACCACCACAGCCAAACAGAUAGAGAAGGACCUGUUGAGGACAAUGCCAACCAAUGCGUGUUUCAGUAGUAUGACCAGUGUUGGAGUGCCCAGGCUGCGACGGGUACUGAGGGGCCUGGCCUGGCUCUACCCGGACAUUGGGUACUGUCAGGGUACUGGCAUGGUGGUUUCCUGUCUGCUGCUCUUUCUUGAAGAGGAGGACGUGCUGUGGAUGAUGUGCGCCCUGAUCGAAGACCUUCUUCCUCCGUCCUACUUCUCCUCAACUCUACUGGGCGUCCAAACAGACCAGAGGGUUCUCCGCCAGCUUAUUGUUCAGUACCUGCCAGCCCUUGACCGCCUCCUGCAGGAGCAUGACAUAGAGCUGUCGCUGAUCACCCUGCAUUGGUUCCUGACAUCAUUUGCCAGUGUGGUGGACAUCCGUCUGCUCCUCAGGAUCUGGGACCUGCUGUUUUACCAGGGCUCGUUGGUACUCUUCCAGGUCACACUGGGCAUGCUCAAGAUCAAGGAGGAGGAGCUUGUGUCAUCAGAGAACUCCGCGUCCAUUUUUAACACUUUGUCGGACCUGCCAAGUCAGCUCAGAGAUGGGCCUGCAGUCCUCGGGGAGGCUAUGAGGUUAGCAGGGACACUAUCCCAGGAAACACUGGAAGCCCAUAGACAUAAGCACCUGGCCUACAUCCUCAAUGAACAGACGCAGCUCAACAACGGAAACAACACAACACUCAACACCAAUCUCAACAAGGUGGUGAGGAGACAGUCCCUGCGCAGGAAGUCCACUCUGAGCUCCCUGCUGUUUGGGGAGGAUGAAGCAGAGGCCUUGAAAUCCAAGAACAUUAAGCAGACAGAGCUGGUGGCAGCCCUGCGAGAGGCCAUCACCCGCACCGCAGAGCACUUUCACUGUCUGGACCCACGUCACUCCAGCACGGUGGGUUCACACACUGCUGCCAAGGAACAGCGUGGUUUAUAUCCUGUGGUGGACUUUGAAUCAGUUAAAAUCACAAGAGCAUUAAGAGAGGCGUCCCUCCAUUUGCAGGACUUGACUCCUGACUACUCGAUGGAGAGCCACCAGCGAGAUCACGAAAACUUUCUUGUGGUGUCGCGCAACAGGCGGAGACGGGCAAAGGCUUUGCUGGACUUUGAGCGACAUGAUGACGACGAACUGGGCUUCAGGAAGAAUGACAUCAUCACUAUCAUCUCACAGAAGGAUGAACACUGUUGGGUUGGAGAGCUCAAUGGCCUCAGAGGUUGGUUUCCGGCUAAGUUCGUGGAGAUCCUAGAUGAAAGAAGCAAAGAGUACUCAUUGGCAGGUGAUGACUCUGUGACGGAGGCAGUAACAGACCUGGCGAGAGGCACGCUGUGUCCGGCCUUAAAGGCCAUAUUUCAGCAUGGUCUCAAGAAACCAUCUAUACUGGGAGGACCUUGUCACCCCUGGUUAUUCAUAGAAGAGGCCGCCAGCAGAGAGGUAGAGAGGGACUUCAACUCUGUCUACUCCAGGCUGGUGCUGUGUAAAACCUACAGGUUAGAUGAAGAUGGCAAAGUACUAACACCAGAGGAGCUGCUAUACAGAGCGGUGCAGUCAGUCAACAUGAGCCACGAUUCUGCACACGCUCAGAUGGAUAUCAAGUUUAGGUCUCUUGUCUGUGUUGGCCUCAAUGAGCAGGUGCUGCACCUAUGGUUGGAGGUGUUGUGCUCCAGCAUGGCUGCUGUAGAAAAAUGGUAUCAUCCAUGGUCCUUCCUUCGCAGUCCUGGAUGGGUACAGAUCAAGUGUGAGCUCAGGGUCCUGUCAAAGUUUGCCUUCAGCCUCUCCCAAGAUUGUGAGCUACCUGACAAGAAAGAGGAGAAAGAACAGAGACCACUGAAAGAGGGAGUUCAGGAUAUGUUGGUGAAACAUCACCUCUUCAGCUGGGAUAUCGACGGCUAAACACACAAAGCAAGAAACUGACUGAAUCCUGUGCCGUCCUGCGUAUCUGUGUAUAUUUGAUGUGUCUCCACUUCUUUCUUACAGACUGUCAUGUCAUGAAUUAGACAACUGUCUGCUACAGUAAGUGACUACUAUACAGUCCUGAGUCCAUCUGUCACUUCAACUUUCAGCGUUGGACAAUGGUGACACCCAAAUAAUUACCAAAAGACUCUCAUACUGGCAUACAAGUCGACCAGUUGGUAUGCGCUGAAGGAUGUGUGCAUUAGUGCAUACUUUAUUUAAGACCCAGUGUAGGAGGUUGCACUACAUAAUGAGAACUAUAUGUAAAACAAUCCUGUAGUGCAGAUGAGGGACGUGAGCACUCCGUGUCCUAACAGUGAGUAUUUAUUUAGUACUCACUGUUCUGGCAGUUAAGCUUCUCAUAGCUGAAUGAGUGCAGGAGUGACAUGUACAGUCCAUUCACUUGUAUUUGUUGUGUGUAUGUAAAAUACAGCAACACUUCAUCGCAACACGGUCCUAAAUUCCACUUUACCCAAAACCCAAAACAUUCCUUAAUAUGGAGCUGUAAAGUUACAAAUUAUUUUUGUGAGGAAUGAAACUUGCCUCAAUAUCAUGAAUUCCACAAAAUAUUUCAUUAAAUACUAAUGUUGCACAUGCCAGGAAAGCCUUUUCUUAUUGUAAUACAAGACUAUGGGUAUGUGUGCUACCCAAAUAGUGGUAGUGAACAGUCUGCACUUGUAUGACAUGAUGUAAAUGGAGCAGAUAAAUACUUUUUUGUGUUACAAUCUACAGUAAAUAAAUGUUACAUAUCAUUUGUAAUGUUUUUUGUAUAUAAAGUAAACGCAACUAUUA